ACCGAUGCACAGCAAACACUAAACAAUUUUUGGCAGCGGCAGCAACAAGAAAUUCGAAAUAUGGGGCCGGUCGAAUUUAAGGUGCAAGAGCUGCCUUUGGCUCGAAUUAAGAAAAUUAUGAAGCAGGAUGAAGAUGUCAAGAUGAUUAGUGCUGAGGCUCCUGUACUGUUCGCAAAAGCUGCACAAAUGUUCGUCAGUGAGCUAACACUGAGGGCUUGGGUACAUACUGAAGAUAACAAAAGAAGGACAUUACAGAAAAAUGACAUUGCAAUGGCUAUUACAAAAUUCGAUCAGUUUGAUUUUCUUAUUGACAUCGUUCCUCGCGACGAGUUAAAAACUCCAAAACGACAGGAGGAAAUUAGGCAACCUAUGAUGGCUGCGGAUCAGGUUCAGUACUAUUUCCAGUUAGCUCAAUCUCAUGCUGUACAAAUGCAACAACAACAACAACAACAAAUCCAACAACAGCAACCACAGCAAUCGCAGCAGCCGCAUCCACAGGCUCAACAGCACCUUUCAUCUCAAUCGAACCAACAGCAUGUUGUUAGCAUACCAACGACUUUGCAUAAUACACUGCAGUCCGUUACUCCUAAUAUGCCCAUGGUAUAA